AUGCCAUCGUACGGUGCUGUUGAGCAAAUGGAAAGCGGCAUGGAUAGUGACGCCGAGCGCGAUCUGUUGUUGGGGGAUGAUCACUCGAGUGAGACAUCGACUCCGUCAGAGGGAGGUGUGCAGGAGGGUGUGCAGAAGAUCGAGGCGAUCAGUUUGACCUGGACGACUCGGUCUUUAAUCGUGGCAUAUGUGAGUAUAUUCCUCAUGGCAUUCUGUACCUCUCUGGAAGGACAGACGGUCGUCUCGUUGGCGGCAUAUGCGACGAGCGCGUUCAGCAAACACUCCAAGAUCGCCACCGUCUUCGUGGUCCAGAAUGUGGUGAAUGCGGUGAUCAAACCCCCCAUGGCCAAGAUCGCUGACGCGUUCGGUCGCUUCGAGGCCUUCUGCGUGAGCAUCCUUAUAUACAUCCUCGGCUAUAUCCAAAUGGCCGCCUCGACCAACGUGGAGUCCUACGUCUCAGCCCAGAUCUUCUACUCAGCCGGCUCGACCGGUCUCCAAAUCUUGCAGCAAGUGUUCAUCGCCGAUAGCAGUGACCUGCUGAACCGCGCCUUCUUCGCUCUCCUCCCCGAAUUCCCCUUCCUGGUGACCGUCUGGCUCGGUCCGACGCUCGCAGACGCCGUCCUCCGCACCACGUCGUGGCGCUGGGGUUACGGCAUGUGGGCGAUUAUCUUGCCGGCAUCGUUCCUGCCCCUCGCUCUAUCGCUGCUUUUGAACCAGCGCAAGGCUCAACGGCUGCAUUUGAUUCGGCCCUCGAGUCCGAGACGCCGUGACCUUGUCCACACCCUGAAGCGCACUUGGUAUGAACUGGAUGUUGGAGGCUUGACGCUUAUUUCUGCCGGGGUAGCAUUGAUUUUGAUCCCAUUGACCCUCGCGGCAAAUGCCAAGAACGGUUGGAAGAACGUCAGUAUCAUCGUGAUGAUCGUGGUUGGUGUCAUCUGCUUGGCUGUUGUUCCAUUUUGGGAGACUUCUAAGAAACUGGCUCCGAAACCAGUGCUCUCGUUUCAUCUCCUCGGGCAGAGAACCGUGCUCGCAGGCUGUGCGUUGGCAUUUUGGUACUUCAUGGCCUUUUAUCUCUCCGUCCAGCCAUAUCUGUAUUCUUACCUCCAGGUUGUCCAAGACUACGACGUGGCAACAGCUGGUCGCGUUACGCAAACAUUCGCAUUCACCUCGACCAUCGCAGCAUUCGGCGUGUCGCUGCUCAUCAAGUACACCUGCCAGUACCGGAUCUACGUCACCUUCGGCUGCAUCGUGUAUAUGUUCGGACUAGCACUGAUGCUACUAGCACGACACGAAGGCAGCUCCCACGCUCUAAUCCUGAGUACUCAAAUCAUUGUCGGCUUCGGCGGUGGCCUGCUUAACGUGCCGGUCCAACUAGGCGUCCAAGCCUCCGCCAGCCACCAGGAAGUAGCAGCCGCCACAGCGAUGUUCCUGACGAGCAUGGAAAUGGGCGGGGCUGUCGGCGCCGCCGUCUCGGGGGCUAUCUGGUCGACUUCGAUUCCCCGGAAACUGCUUCGCUACUUGCCUGAUGAGACCAAGGGCGCGGCUGAGGAGAUAUUCGGGAAACUCACCACCGCCCGCUCGUAUCCCAUGGGCUCGCCAACUCGCAUCGCUAUCAACCGCGCCUACCAGGAGACUAUGAAUCGGCUGCUGACCCUGGCGCUGUUGGUGACUAUCCCUCUGAUCCCGCUCAGUCUUGUCAUGAAGAAUUACAAACUUGAUAAGGUAGAACAAUUGCCCCCUUUUGCCUCCCUCUCAGAGAAAUCGACUUAUCUAACCUACAAACCGAAACAGAUGAGCCCCGAGUCCCGGAUUCACCAGCGCCGCCUCUCAAAUAUUGUCGAAGUCGAGCCUGAGUCUCCA